AUGCCUGCCACAAAAAGAAAUAAAGAACCAAAGAAGACAAAAACCAAGCCAAAUGGGAAUCAUGUUGAUCGCAUUGCAACAAUCGAACGUCGCUCGAAACGUACCCGAAUCCAACGAGUACCAGCUAAAGCUAUAGAUGAUAGCCAGGACGAAUACGAAGAAGAGGAAGAGGAAGAAGUAAAGGAACAAGAUUCACAGAAUGUCGUUAAGAAUGAGAAUGAUAUAGCUUCAAAGCUGAAGCCAAGCACAAUCAAAAUUCCACACCCAAAAGGCUCUCCUUUUGCAGACGCCCUAUCACCAAAAGUACUAGAGUUCUUAGCAGACUUGAAGGAAAAUAAUACUCGAGAAUUUAUGCUUUCCAGUCAGGAUCGAUGGAAAGAUACCCAGAAAGAAUUCACAGACUUUGUUGGUAUGCUUAUGGAACAAUUGCAUGAUUUGGAUCCCACGAUUCUAGUAGAGAACCCAAAACUAUCAGUAUAUCGACAGCACCGAGAUUUGAGAUUUACGAAUGACUUGAGGCCUUACAAGACAUACCUCUCGGCCUCUUUUUCGAGAGGAGGCAAAAAAUCUCCAUUUGCUGGCUAUUACUUUGCAGUUGCACCAGGAGGAGGCACAUACAUUGGGGCAGGAAUCUGGCAACCUUCCGCCAAUCGCCUGCAAAGCAUCCGAGAAGGCAUAAUUGACCAUGCAUCCUUGUUACGUGAAGCAUUGGAGCUGGAAGGCAUGGAAAAAAUAUUUGGAAAGCAUGGUAUAUCACUGCUGGAAGACACUGACAAGCUCAAGACAGCACCGCGGAAUGUAGACAAAAAUCAUCCAGAAAUCGAACUUUUGCGGUACAAGAGUUUCGUUAUUUCAAAGAAAUUUGAUGACUUGGACGUUGUUUCAGAGGGAUUUUUGGACAAAAUACUCGAUGUAUAUGAAGCAAUUGUUCCUUUUGUUACCAUCUUGAACUCAUGGACAGGAUAA